GACUCUCUCAUAUCAUGCAAACCUCUCUUUAUACAUCAGUGGUGCAGACGUAACGUAUAUGAACGUCAGCUUUCAGCAAAAAGCAACACAAAAAAAAAGACAAAAACUGACGGGCGUUCUAUUUGCAGCAUCUGCCUGACGUCAUAAGCAGGCGCCCGUAUUUACCUCUGGUCCGGUUCGCUCAGCCCGCUGCAAUGGAGGUAAACAGGGACGAAGCCGAGCGCUGCAUCGACAUUGCAACCGCGGCGUUGACCAACAACCAGCCGGAGAAGGCGCAGAGGUUCCUGGGUAAGGCGCAGAGGCUCUUCCCGACAGAGAAAGCGAAGGUACUACUGGAGCUAAUUGCAAAGAAUGGAUUUACAUCUCGACAAGGCGGCGACUCGGACUUCAGUGGGGGCUCAGGGCCUCGACAGCGGCAGAGCAACAGCGAGGAUACCAGACCUGAAGAAAAGUCUUCAGACACCUCAAAAUCCUACUCGGCAGACCAGCUAGACGCUGUGAGGAGGAUAAAACAAUGUAGAGACUUCUAUGAAAUCCUCGGGGUCCAGGCAGACGCCUCUGAGGAUGAACUCAAAAGAUCAUAUAGAAAACUUGCUUUGAAGUUCCAUCCAGACAAGAAUCACGCUCCUGGUGCUACAGAGGCGUUUAAAGCUAUCGGGAAUGCGUAUUCUCUUCUGAGUAAUGCCAACAAAAGACAACAGUAUGAUCAAUGUGGCGACGAGAAGAGGCAUCCAUCAAGUCACAGCCCAGACAACGGAAACUUUGAGCCAGAUAUUUCACCUGAAGACCUCUUUAACAUGUUCUUUGGUGGAGGUUACCCAUCAAGUAAUGCUAAUGUGUACACUAAUGGGCGGAUGCGUUACCAAAGGCGAGAGGGAAGAGAGCGACAGCGGGAAGGAGGCCUUGCUCUCUUCGUGCAGGUCAUGCCCAUCAUCAUCCUUGUUAUUGUGUCGGCCCUCAGUCAGAUCAUGGUCAACAGCCCCCCGUACAGCCUCAGCUUCAGGCCGUCAGCAGGUUACACACAGAGGAGGCUGACUGAGAACCUGAAGGUGCCAUAUUAUGUGGGGGAGCAGUUCUCCAGAGAGUUCACUGGACUGAAUUUGAGGAACUUGGAGCGGACGGUGGAGGACGAUUAUGUUUCCAACCUUCGCAACAAUUGCUGGAAGGAGAAGCAACAGAAGGAGGGCAUGCUUUACAGAGCCCGCUAUUUUGGAGACAACGAUCUGUACCAAAGAGCACAGAGGGCUCGCACACCGAGCUGCGCCAAGCUGUCCGAGAUCACAGCGUCAUUACGCGGUUGAUGCUGCUUUCAUAAGUAAAAAGUCAACACAAAGAAAAUAUUAGCUGUAAAAGAUUAUUGGCUGUAAAAGAUUAUUGGCUGUAAAUAGAUGCUUUAACAAUCUGGAGACUGAAGAUGACUCGACAAGCAACACAAACAAACCAGCACCGAAUGCAUCAAAUUGACCACACAAACUGGAAUGUGAAAUUAAAAUAUAAUGUUAUUAUAAUGUUUUGAAAUAGGGGAAAAACACUUAAAAUAGCUUGUCCUCUUGACAAGAUAGGGGUUUGGAAAAACUCCAAAAAGUUUUUGAAUGGGAGCCAGCAGUGGUCACUUUAUGGUUUUGCAAGAAUACAGUUUGGAACAGGAAAAUAGUGAGGUUAGAUAUAGUCGUACAGAUGUUAUUUAUGUAGCAGUUUAUAAGAUACCACACUGAGCGCUUCCUCUUUUCUUUUACAUAGUCAAAUCAGCGAGGGAGAGGAGUCGGAGGAGUCGGGUUUGCUGAUUUGACUUCAAAUGCACAUUCUGAAACUAUGCAGGAAUAAUGUGAAAACUCUGAUGAACAUACACUCAUGUCUAGGGUUUGUCAGACAAUGAACACCUGAGAUUUGUCUUCGUCUGUGUGUGUGUGUGUGUGUGUGAGAGUGUGAGAGUGAGAGAGAGAGAGAGAGAGAGAGCAAUUAUGAAAUGUCCCUUUACACUUUGCCUCUUUUAAUUGUGUUCAGGAUAGAAUAAUAUGCUGUGACCUGAUGGCACUUCACAAUAAAAGCCAAGAAGAUUGAGAGAUGUGCCUCCCCACCAAGUGGGACUUUAACAGGUUCUAGUUUUUGAACGCAAUGUCUCUGAUGAACAUCAUCUGUUGGAAAAAGCAAUUUUUGUCACACCUAUGUUUAUAGAAUGCUAUUCAUGUUCUGUAUUAUUUAUUUAGAAAAUGAUUAUCAAAAUAGCUCUUGCGCACCUUUUCCACCAUGUUUUUACUCCCAGAUGAAAAUAAAUAUGGAUGCUUAAAA